UGGAAAUCGACGGUUGCAAGUGGUAGUGAUCAAAUAACCUCUUUGCCAAGAGCCAUCCCCACAAUGCAUUGUGUUCUGCCUAGUGCUGCCUAGACUCCAGGGAUAAACUAUUGAAUACUUCGCUGUUCUAAACCACUCAAUACACGAUAUCCAAGCUUAUAUCACAUUGCUAUAUUGCCCUCAAUCUCAAACAGCAAUGAGCUCAAUGACAACAUCCGUCACCCCCUUCCUCAUGUUCGAAGGCGACGCUGAAGCGGCCUUGAACUUCUACGUCCAAACAAUUCCAGGAUCUAGUAUCAUCUCCAUUACACGAUAUGGGCCCGGGGAAGCGGGGACUGAAGGGAAGGUUUCCAUGGCCAGAGCGAAUAUCGGGGGAUCGCUUGAGGUUAUGGCCAUCGACAGCUACGUGAAACAUGCCUUCAAGUUCACGCCUUCGCUGUCGCUGUUUGUUAAGUUGAACGACGAGCAUGGUGAAAAUGCGAUCGAUCGUGUUGUGGGUGGUUUGGGUGAAGGAGGUGAGGUACUUAUGCCGUUGGAUAACUAUGGGUUCAGCCGCCGAUUUGCGUGGGUCAAUGAUCGGUUUGGGGUAUCGUGGCAACUCAGCCUUGAAUGAAAUACUGGGGAGAAACCGAAGCCAGGUACACAGGAUGUCUGUAUUGGAGUUGGUGGUGAUGUGGGAUUUAUUAUGC